GUGUGCGUGUGUGUGCGUUUACGUAUGUUUUUAUCCCUUUUCUUUCGGGAUUUCCAGUUUCAGCUACGGUUACAUACAAAUAGCCUUUCGGGCUACCAGUAAGCAGAUGGCAAGGUAAAUGGACCAGGACAAGAUGAAGGGUAUCUCCCAUACCUUUUGCCUGGACGAUAGUUGUCCCUUGCAGAAUAAAGCUGAAGUUUGCAUCUGGAUGGUACCAAAUCAGAAACAAGAAAAAGUACAAGCUGAUUCCCAGAGUGUCUUGGACACGAGCAUGAUAUAAGUUGUGUGAAGAACUGUGAAAUACAUAAUGAAUACUUGGACUUAGUGUUUGAAUUUGCUGUUUACUCAAACCUUAUGAGUAUUAUCUUCUCUCUUAAACAGACCUGAAUCCAAUCUGACAGUUUUACAGUGACUACCUUAUUCUAUUUCCUGAUCCAGUAGUUUUAUUUGUAGAGUUUCACAGAAUACUGAAUACACAGAAUACUGGACUGCACCUCUGCACCAGUUCAUGUAUUUGGGAUUUAAUUAGUGUUGAUCAGCACCCUAUAGGUAAAAGUACCGCACUAAAGCACUAAAACUACCAAAGAUAAAAAAAAAAAUAGCAACAAGAAACACUAAAACUUAAAAGCUUUUUUUUUGACAGUGUAUUAAGGAUCAGUACAAUUAAUGAUCUCAGUAAUUUGAUCCUUCAUCUGUUCCUUGCAUGUCACUGCUGGUGAUUUGGUUUUGUUUAGCAUGUCUGUAGUGUUGCUUGGUAAUUGUUAAACACCUUUCGAGUGCGUCAGCUGAUAACAGGUCCGUGAUACUCGACAAAUAGUGCAUACAAAAAUGAAAGGCCAGGAUUUGAUCACUUUUAACGUUGGAGGACAAAUUUUCACCACCAAGGUAUCGACCAUCAGAAGACACCCAAAGUCAAGAUUUGCUCGUAUGCUAGAUGACGCCGAUCCUGAGUUUAAAGUUGUAAACAGCCAAGUGUUUAUUGACAGAGACUGGGGAUUGUUUCGGCUCAUACUGGAGUAUGUGAGAACCGGACGAAUCACUUUAUCAGGUGAAUUUGAGACCGAGGAACUGCUGCGUGAGGCUGAAUUCUACAACAUCAGCGCUCUGGCCGAUUUUCUGCGCAGCAACAACUGCCAUGCGAAGAACGAAAUCCUUGAGCUUCGCUUUGUCAUUCAAGAACCUCAAAGUUUCUUUAAGGUGUUUAGUUCCAAGAGCACAACACUUGAUGUGCUAGCCUCAAGAAUAUCAGUGUUCAUCGAGCAACCCACAGAUCUCACUAAGAAUGUGAUGGAGUGUCUUCCAGUGGAUCGACCAUCCCACCAUGACCUGGUUUUUCAGUGUGGUGCUGCUGACUGCUCAGAUGGAAAACAGUUGUCUGCAAGAUAUGUCACCAUUAAACCAGACGAACGAAAACUCCUCAAUGCCGCAAACGUUCUUGGGCUGAUGGUGGACACGAUUGUAAGCGAGGGCUUUCGCCUAAUCAGCACCCGCACAGUUUCUCCAGAGGAGAAAAUUGAGUGUUACACAUUUGAGAGAAGGGGGACUCGAAAUAUUUUUAUCACCGACCCCUAUAAAGUGGAUGAAGCACCUGUAUCAAAACAAACAGAGAAAAGUACAAAAAAGGUCAAAUCUCAAAAAUGAUUAAAUCAUAAAAACAUCAAAAAUCCCAAAUAGAAAAAAAAUCACC